GAUUCAUCCGCGCAUGCAUCUUUCCUAGAGAAUACGUUAGGGGGUUCAGCAAUAAGAAGCCGUAGAGUUCUUUUCCUUCAGCAUUCUAGGGUUUCACCAAGUUCAAGUUUCUCAGGUAUGGCGCCCGAUAAUUCUCUUCCUUCCUUGCCCGAUCGCUCUUCAGAAGAAUCGGAUAUCCUGCUUCAUAGCAUCUUGUCUUCCGGUUUUCUUUGGCUCUGUUGCUUUCUUCGCUGGUUCGAUGUUGUUCGAGAUUAUGCAUAUUCUCUGAUUUUAUUGUUUCCGGGCCUGUAAAGAAAUGGCGCGACCGGUCUUCGUUGGCAACUUCGAGUACGAGACGAGGCAGUCCGAGUUGGAGCGCUUGUUCAGCAAGUAUGGAAGGGUGGAUCGAGUGGACAUGAAAUCUGGAACUAAGGAAAUUUGAGCUUCUAUCUGGGUUGCCCAACUUUUUCUUGCUUCCCCUGCUCUCCUUCCACUCACAGAUGGACUCAUCCUGCAUUUCAUCAGAAAUUUACUCAUCUUACCGCCCAAAGUUGCCAUUUGCACGAGAAUGGUUCUUGUUCUUGGCGGCAAUCAGUCCAUUUUACUGUCCUUUGCACUGCCACAUCUGAUAAUAGAGCGCUCCAUGAAUGUGUAUUGCCAUGCCCUUCCAUUUCUGAACUAGUGCUGUCUGAAUGGUGAAGCAUGCCCUAGCAAUGACAUCUCUGACUUGAACCUCUGGAUGUAUAACCCUUAGACUUCUUCAUUUAGUUCAUCAUGCAACGCCUCCUUAUGUUCCUCAGCUCAUCCGUGAAGCAGGUGUUGUAUUAACUUUUGAGUUCUUACCAGGACUAAAAUCCUGAUUUGUAUGUAAGCCUGGGUGAAUGGACUAAUGUCACCAUCUUUUUUUUUUUUUUUUCCUUUUGUGCACAACUGGGUUCUUAUGCUGGUGAUGCUUGCAGGUUUCGCUUUUGUCUACUUUGAGGAUGACCGUGAUGCUGCGGAUGCCAUCAGGGGACUUGACAACACUCCAUUUGGUUAUGACAGGCGUCGGCUGUCGGUGGAGUGGGCUAGGGGAGAACGUGGCAGGCAGAAGGAAGGAUCGAAAUACCAGAGACCUACAAAAACACUGUUUGUGAUAAACUUUGAUCCAAUUCGUACAAGAGUUGAAGAUAUAAAAAAGCACUUUGAACGUUAUGGAGAAGUUCUUCAUGUCAGAAUCCGACGCAACUUUGCAUUUGUGCAAUUUGAGACACAAGAAGAUGCUACCAAAGCCCUUGAAAGUACACAUUUGAGCAAGAUAUUGGAUAGGGUGGUGUCGGUUGAGUAUGCUUUGAGGGAUGAUGAUAGCCCUCCUAGAAGGGGUGGAAGCAGCUACAGAUCACCAAGUCCUGCAUAUCGAAAGCGUCCCAGUCCCGACUAUGGCCGACCAGCCAGCCCAGUCUACGAUAGAUACAAUGGCCCAGCAUAUGAUCGUCGUGGUAGUCCUGAUUAUGAUAGGCGCAUCAGGAGUCCUUACUAUGGCAGGAACAGAAGUCCCGAGUAUGACCGAUACCGGAGUCGAUCGCCGGUCAGAAGAUCGAGGACCUGAAGACCGUUGGGAGAGGAGACACCCUUUGCCAGCAUGAGCCCCAUUUAGUUACAGUCUCUAGUGAUACUCCUUGUAAAGAGAUGCCAUUUCAAAUGCAGGUUCUCUUCUAUAUGAUGUUUUUGUAAACAGGGAUUUGUUAUGGCUGCACGGUGUCCUUUAUGUGCAUGGAUUGGAACAGACUACUUCUUGGCUAAUGUUCUUCUACCUAUAGAUAUCGAUUGUGUGAAAUUGAUGAAUGAGUUAGUUUGCCAACUAUACGCUUGUCUUUCUUUUCUCUCCACAGAGUGUGGUCAUGUUGUUUUGGC